CCAAUGUUUGUAAAUUGUAGUCUGGAGACGCCGCAGUGGGGAUCUCACCGCGCAAAUGUAUUUUCUAAUGUUGAUAAACUUCGCUUGCUGGGAUUCCAUUUAAAAAUUCAACUCAACGGACUCCGGAAAGAGCGGGACUCGACCUCUGGGACGCGGUGGAUCUUGAACCGAAGCAGGCAGCAGCAGACGGCAUCAUGGUGCGUUGUCCGAUGGAGACCGGCGAGGAUCUGACGGCGGCAGCAGCCCGAGGGAGUACGAGCGAGGUGCGGCGGAUCCUGGAGGAGAGAGGAGUGCAUCCCGACACUGUCAACGAAUUUGGCAGGACCGCGCUGCAGGUGAUGAUGAUGGGGAACACCAAAAUUGCCAGUUUGCUGCUGGAAAAAGGAGCAGAACCCAACGUCCAGGACAGGCACGGGAUAGCGCCCGUCCACGACGCAGCUCGCACGGGAUUCCUGGACACUGUGCUGGCUCUGGUGGAGCACGGUGCUUCGGUAAAUAUCCCGGACCAGAGCGGCACCUUGCCUAUUCACAUUGCCAUUCAGCAAGGCCACCGGGAUGUUGUGGAGUUCUUAGCCCCACGGUCCGACCUGAGGCACGCCAACUUAAGCGGGCAGACGGCGAUAGACGUGGCCCGAGCUUCCGGCGAGCCCGAUAUGAUUGACCUAGUUUUCGCUCACAUACAUCGCUAGGCAUUCUGUGGUGCCGGGUCCCCGCUGGGUCACCAUAACCUCACGUUUUGUUUUUGCUUCAAACCUGGUGACUUGAAUUCAUUGCUGUGUAAAGGAUUAAUGUUUUGUUCAUAGUGGUUCAGCAUUAAUAUGUGACACAGGACAUAUUGUCUUGGCAGCUUAUUUUCAGUUGACGGGUGGCUACAUACAGUAGACACCUCUUUUGCACAGUGCAGUUUAGGCACCUUAUAUCUCUGUUUUUCCCUAUUAACUGGGAGUGCACAUCUGUAGUUGGUUUUCCCUCAGUGUUUUGUUGUUAUUACAUUAUUUCCAUUGUGUAAGAAUUGUAACAGUUGAUACCAUUUAUUUGUUUUUUUUAAUUUAACAAACUUGACAUGGUGCACCCUGAUUGCUUUGCAUAGUUGUGUCUCUUAACUACAUGAACUUAGACUUUGAAUUUACUCCUUAUUUAUUGUUGGUAUAGGACUGAAUGUUCCUGUCACUUUGUAAAUGGUGACAUUUAUUGUGAUUUGUUGAAAUGUUAUUUAUAUAAAUCCUUUUAAAAUGAAAGUGAGAGUUUUUCACUUUGCUAUUUGAAGAUGAAAGCACAAUAAA